CACUCUCCGUCGUCAUUGAAUGCGCGUCUGUCAGCGCACUACGAAGCUCUAUGCCCUCGACUGCCCGUGAAAGCUAUCGACUUGUGAGCACUUAUAUUUGAUGCCAUUCUCCUCUGCUUUCAAGUGUCGUUAGCCUCAUCUCCACCCUAGACCCAACCGGAGGCCCCAUGUGACCAGCUGUGAGUCACAAGGUUUCGCAGAUUUGAUGACAAUGCUCUCCGUUCUGCGUUUACAUCGCGCGCUAAAACCGACUUUUCGUCCUCAUGCUAGUGGAUAUGUCGGUUCGCGACGACAGAGUUUAAACUUUGUUCGCUUCAAUUCCUCUACCGCGAGAUCUUCUUCAGUGCGGAGCCAACUCCAACUACAGCGACCACCGAAAACAAUCCUCAUUGUCAAUAAGCUGCGAACACAACCGGUUAUACUAGCCAUUAACGCGUUCCUCGAGCAUGUUCACUCAGUCUACCCCGACGUCCGUGUAUUCCACGAAGACCGUGAUGACAUUCCACAUGCUGCCGAGGUUUGGAAACCAGGUUCAUAAAUCUUGUUCUCCAUGUUCUCGUCAGGCAUGUUCAUGCCAUUAUCAGACUACAAUGCCGAACCGAUCGAUCUGGUCGUGACUCUUGGAGGGGACGGGACCAUCCUUCACGCGUCCUCGCUCUUUAGCGAAGGUGCUGUUCCACCAGUUCUUAGCUUCUCCAUGGGGACGCUUGGAUUCUUGCUUCCAUUCC